CAGAAAUGUCUCCACAGUAAUUUCUAAUAGAAAAGAUAGUUCCAAUUCAAGAAAACAACCCCACUUCUCAUUGACUCGUUACCGAAAUUGGCAUUAACAAUAAGCAUAAGGAAGAAUAAAACUUUUAUUCACUGAGACUCUAGAAUAUUCCCAACAAAAAUUUCUCCAAUUUUUUGGCCAAUGUUCCUGAAUGUUCCAAGUCUCAAAUGGAUAACAAAGGGCCUUGCCACCAGAGGGAGGCUGAACUUCUAAGAGCGGGUAAAGAUAAAUGAGAUUCCCUUAAAAGGACAAAGAAAAUGUAAAAAUUAACACGUGUUUGGUCGUUACUCGUCACACGUGGGAUCCCACUUUUGACUCAUGUCAUUCCAUACAGUUGAACUUGCUUCCAAAGCUCAGGACUUUCAGCUCAAAGAGCACUUGACAUUAUAUAUAAAACCUCACUCUUUCCUCUGCACUUCAGAGCAAAAACAAAACUGAUCAAAAUCAGCUAUUCAAAGUGGAAGAGAUGAGCUGCGGCGGCUUCACAGUUCCGAAGGGAUACCGAUUCCAUCCCUCCGACGAGGAGCUGCUUAGUCACUACUUGGAGGAGAAGAAUCAGUGCAAGGACUCCCAGAUCACUACCAUCAUCCCUGAAAUCGAUGUGUGCAAGCACGAGCCUCGCGAAUUGCCAGAACUGGCGUUCACAAGGGCGGAAAGUCUGGGCAGGAAAUUUUUCUUUUUCUUCUUCUUUUGGUUUGCAAGGGAAGUGUCUUGGGACAAUCAAGGAAAGUGGUACUUCUUCACUCCGCGUGAUUACAAGUACAACAACAGCACUCGCUCCAACAGGACUACAGGGGAAGGGUUUUGGAAGAUCACAGGCAAGGACCGUGCAAUCAAGGCCCCCGGCUCCAAAGCUGUGAUUGGGAGAAAGAGGACCUUGACCUUCUACAAACGUGGAGUGCCGAAAUCCCAGAAGACCAGCUGGGUUAUUCAUGAGUAUUAUCUCAUUCAGGCACAUUCUGAUCCUCCUAAGCAGAUAGGGGACUUUGUUGUCUGCUGCUUGAAGUACAAGUCAGACAACUCUGAUUAUGAUAAGGAUGCCCCAUUCUGCGAUCGAGGUAGCAGUAGCUGCAGUAUGGCCUCCAAUGUUGAAAAUCAAGCAAAAGAAAACUGGGCAUCGGAAGAGCUGGUAAAUGUUGUUCCAAUUCCCAGUGGAAAUGAUGAUGAAACUGGUGGUGGUAUGAUUACAGAAGAAGAGGAAUACCUGACUUUAGAGGAGGUGGAAGAAAUUCUUCACAAUCCCAUUGGCAAUCCGCAUGAAUUUGAAGGCACGCAAACUGAUCCUUGUCGUAUAGAUAAGAAUGAUCCUUCAACCGCUGUUGAACGCCAACCUGAUAGAAGCAAUUCAUCUGAUAUGAUUGAAGAGCUACUAGAUGACCCAGAAAAUCUGGAUUCACUCUUUCAUCCGCCUGCACCACCUCAACUGCAUCAGUCACCGAUGCAUACCACCAAUAUCCAUAAUGAUGAAUGUCGUAAGAGGACAUAUCCAUUUGAGGAUAAUGACCCUUCUCUUACGAAGAAGAAUAAUAUCUCAACCAAUGAUAACGACGAAUUAGUAAGCAACAUCACAUCCAGUUCUGAAAAUCAAGCCGCAAAUAUGAUUCCAGAGGGAUAUUCUCAACUAGGAGCAAAUCUGGGAUCAGAAUUUGAUUCAUUUCUGCUAAAGGAUUACGAUUAUACAUUAACAUCAAUAAACGGAGGACCGAGAGAUUUUUCCGAUGACAAUAAUUUCAUUGAGUUGGAUGAUUUACUAUCUUCAUACGAAGGUAUUGACUCUUCUCUCGCACAGUUCCUACAUACAGUUAUUGAUGGAGGUAGAGGAGUAACCAGUGACAGAAACACCGAAGUAGUACAUGGAUCGGUAAACGAUUAUUCUGCAUCAGCCAUUGGAGCAAAGCUCCAGCGUAGCUGAUCAACCUUUAUUUAUAGGAGAAUAUCAAAGGAGGCCUCAGUAAUAAUGUGUCUCUAACUUACAUUAUUCAGUCGGUGAUAUUCUCCUACAAAUGAUUCAAAGAUCUCCAAGUUAUAUGAAAUGCUCAGCUGUGUUGAUUGGCAUACAAUCGCAGCUUUUCUGCAUUUCUUGUCUGGAGGCUUUGGAAACUUCUUAAUCGUUUUGGCAUUCUAUUACAACUCAA